UAAAACCAGGUGACUUUUGUCGUCUGUUGUUGAUCAAGCGAAAUUGAAACAAUUCAGAUACAAAAUGAGUUGGUGGAUACCUCGCAAACAAUUGCUGAAGAAUAUUAAACAAAUUAGUGAGCAUGCGUGGAGGAAAAUCCUGCCAAAAGAACCAAUCGUAAAGACUUGUCAUUCCAGAAAGCCGUUCGAUUACUUCACUUGAAGGCAACAUAUUGAGACUUCAGCUAUAUUAUAUAACUCUCUGUGGAAACCAAUAUCCUCUAACAAAAACAGCAAUGGCUUUCUCAGUUUCUAAAGUUGUGCUAUUAGCUUUCUCUGCAUCCAUUUUUAUCUACUCAGCCAUUGCACAUGAUUUUUCAAUUGUGGGUUAUUCACCAGAGCACUUGAAUGCCAUGGAUAAACUCAAUGAGCUCUUUGAAUCGUGGAUGUCGAAACAUGGCAAAUCAUACAGAUGUGUUGAAGAAAAGCUGCACAGAUUUGGGAUAUUCAUGGACAACUUAAAGCACAUCGACACGAGGAACAAGCAAGUCAGUAGCUACUGGCUUGGGCUGAACGAAUUUGCUGACUUGAGCCAUGAGGAGUUCAAAAACAAGUAUCUCGGAUUGAAAUCUGAGAUCCUCACAAGGAGAGAUCGCUCCACCAACAACUUCAUGUACAGAGGUGCCACAGAUUUGCCAAAGUCUAUGGAUUGGAGAAAGAAAGGAGCAGUCACUCAGGUCAAGAACCAAGGUUCUUGUGGCAGUUGUUGGGCAUUUUCAACUGUUGCCGCGGUUGAGGGCAUGAACCAGAUUGUCACAGGGAAUCUAACUUCUCUGUCAGAACAAGAGCUGGUAGAUUGUGACAGAAGUUUCAACAGUGGCUGCAACGGUGGUCUAAUGGACUAUGCAUUCGAGUUUAUUGUCUCCAAUGGUGGACUGCAUAGAGAGGAAGACUACCCUUAUCUUAUGGAAGAAGGAACAUGUGAGGAGAAAAAGGAAGAAAUGGAGGUAGUGACCAUCGGUGGUUAUGAAGAUGUGCCGGAAAAUGACGAAGCAAGUCUCCUCAAGGCCCUGGCUCACCAGCCUCUCAGUGUUGCUAUUGAAGCUUCUGGCAGGGAUUUCCAGCUUUACAAUGGGGGAGUAUUCGAUGGGCCUUGCGGAACCGAGCUAGAUCAUGGAGUAGCAGCUGUUGGAUAUGGAACAUCAAAGGGGUCAGAUUAUAUCAUUGUCAAGAACUCUUGGGGACCAAAAUGGGGGGAAAGAGGAUACAUCAGGAUGAAGAGAAACACUGGAAAACCUGAAGGGCACUGCGGUAUCAAUAAGUUAGCAUCUUACCCCAUCAAGACUAAAUGAUACAAAGCUGCAGAUUUUCCUAGUCAUAACACUGUUCUCACAAUAUUCCCCGUCAUUCUAUCUUUGAUUGUCAAUGAAAACUUCUUACAAUAAAUCACCUCCAAAUUACAUAAACAAAUGCUCAGAAUGUAACAGCCGCUACCCAAAUAAAUUUUCCCAUUCUUUCUCGAGAAAAGGCAUAUUAAUGAU